GAAGAUGCCAUGGGCAACCUCUUUGGUAAAAAUAAAAAGCGUGACAAUCAAAAUUCCAGAAGAAUCUCCUCCACCACAAGUAGUGUAUCAUCCCAAAUCCCAACUCAUCAGGAACAUCAUCAUCAUCAUCUGCUACCGCCAUAUCCACCACCACGGUCACAACCACCGCCGCCACCGCCACUAGCACGAGCGCAAUCUAUGUCUAAGAAACCAAGUUUUAGGACACAUAAUUCAGGACAGAGCUCAGCAGUCAGGGAAAAAACAAAGCAACCUGCCAAGAAGUAUGCUUUGAUUGUUGAUAACUUCACUACCCUUGAACAGGUUACAGCGGCCUUGAGGAAAGAAGGUUUAGAAUCAUCAAAUCUGAUCCUUGGAAUUGAUUUCACAAAGAGCAAUGAAUGGACUGGCAAAAUCUCAUUCAAUAAUAGAAGCUUGCAUGCGAUCGGAGAUACUCCUAACCCUUAUGAGAAGGCUAUAUCUAUCAUUGGCAAGACUUUGGCUCCCUUUGAUGAUGACAACUUGAUUCCAUGUUUUGGCUUUGGUGAUGCUACCACCCAUGAUCAAGAAGUGUUCAGCUUUCACAGUGAUCAUUCACCUUGCCAUGGCUUUGAGGAAGUUCUGUCUUGCUACCAAAAAAUAGUUCCAAACUUGAAACUUUCAGGACCAACUUCUUAUGCUCCGGUAAUUGAGGCUGCAAUAGACAUAGUUGAGAAAAGUCGUGGCCAAUUCCACGUGUUAGUUCUCAUUGCAGAUGGACAGGUUACAAGAAGUGUCAACACUGAAGAUGGAGAACUCAGUCCUCAAGAAGAAAAGACAAUCAAGGCUAUCGUUGAUGCAAGUGCAUACCCGCUUGCGAUAGUUCUGGUUGGAGUUGGUGAUGGACCUUGGGAAGACAUGAAAAAGUUUGAUGACAAGUUACCAGCCCGUGAUUUUGACAAUUUUCAGUUUGUUAAUUUUACUGGCAUUAUGUCUAAAAACACUAGCCCCUCUGAGAAAGAAGCAGCUUUUGCUUUGGCUGCUCUCAUGGAAAUCCCAUUCCAAUAUAAAGCAACCAUGGAAUCUGGAAUACUCGGACGUGUAACAGGAAGAGCAAAGAGAAUAGUUCCAAAACCUCCUCCUAUUCCUUAUUCUCGGGCUGCUCCACCAGCUCGUGUACCAAGCAAUACGCCAGCAUCCACAGCAGAUGAGCAAAACCAAGCGGUCUGCCCUAUUUGUCUGACCAAUGGAAAGGAUUUGGCCUUUGGAUGUGGGCACAUGACUUGCAGAGAUUGUGGAUCCAGGUUAACUAACUGUCCCAUAUGCAGAGAGAGGAUCACCAGUCGUCUCAGGGUGUACAGUGGGUGAUUGUAGAAAAAGAUCAUCCUAUGGUUCUUAAAAGAUAGACAUUGAUUUGUUGUAAAAAAUAUAGCUCGUGUCUCUCGGGAUGUUUUAUGAGUGUUAAAAUGUGAAGAUGAAUUUGUGCAAGUUUCUGUAUAUUGGGCUCAUGUCGUUGAUGCGUUUGAAGUUGUAUAUUACUAUAUUUCAAUCAGUAGCUGUCUGUACUAUAUUUUAAUCACUCUGCUUUUAGAAGUUAAACUGAUAUUUAAACAUUUUUCCUUUGGUCCCCACUCCCCACACAAAAGCAA